AUGCAUGAAUACCAAAACGGAAGCUCGGUCGAUGCCACGCUUAAUCAAGAUCAAGAUCAACCAAUAGACAUCUCCAAAUUCAACCAUGAUACUAUAUCAUACGAUACAAAGAGUCAGACUUAUUGGUUCUAUGAAAAAUCAGCAGACGCAUUCCCAGGACAAGCAUUUGGUUUACAAGUUGAUCAAAUUUUGUAUCAUACUAAAUCACAAUAUCAGGAUAUACUAAUAUUUAAGUCUAGUACAUUUGGUAACGUAUUGGUACUCAAUGGUAUUAUACAAUGUACUGAAAAGGAUGAAUUUGCAUAUCAAGAGUUGAUAACCCAUGUACCAAUCAUGUCUCAUCCAUCACCAAAAAGAGUGCUUGUUAUUGGAGGUGGUGAUUGUGGAGUUAUUCGGGAAUUGAUCAAACAUGUCGAAGAUGACACAGUGGAAUCCAUAACCAUGGUUGAAAUUGAUGAUAUGGUUAUUAAAUUACUGACUAAAUAUCUUCCACAAAUGGCCAAAUAUCAUAACCACCCCAAAUUGAAAUUAAUAAUUGAUGAUGGAUUCAAAUUUCUUCGUGAAACAAAACUCAAAUUUGACGUUAUUGUAACUGAUUCAUCCGAUCCUGAAGGUCCGGCAGAAGAGUUUUUCCAAGUUAAUUAUUUCAAAUUGUUACGUAAUGCAUUGAAUACAAGAGGGAUUGUUAUUAUGCAAUCACUGGAAAAUAUAUGGCUUAAUUUGAAAUAUCUCAAGAAUUUAAUUAAGAAAUGUAAAUAUGUGUUUCCUAAUGUUAAAUUUUGUCAAUGUUACAUGCCAAGUUACACUUCAGGACAAUUGGGAUUAUUAGUGGCUACGACUCAUGAAUCAUUGGAUUUGACCAAACCUUUAAGAACAUUCGAUAAAAGGAAAGAAAGUCAAUUGUUUAAAUAUUAUAAUCAAUUGGUUCAUCAAAGUUCGUUUAUUUUGCCAACUUGGGCACAAGAAUAUUUGGAGAUUGACGAGGAAAGUGUAUAA